GGUGCUCUGUGUUAUUUCAGCCUCUUACAACUGAGACAGCACGACGAGAGGAAGUAUCGCAUCCUCAUCGAGACCGAGCGAAUUUUAAAGAUGGAACCAAUGAGUGUCAAAGAGGACCUGAGGCUUUUUCAGAGCACCCUGCUUCAGGACGGCUUGAAGGAACUUCUGAAGGAGAACAAGUUUGUGGAUUGCAUACUGAAAGUCGGAGAUCGGAGCCUUCCCUGCCAUAGACUCAUCAUGGCUGCGUGUAGUCCAUAUUUCCGAGAGCUGUACUUUUCCGAAGACGGCACCGAGAAGAAAGACUCCAGCAAGGAAGUAGUGUUGGAGAAUGUGGAUCCCACCAUUAUGGAUAUGAUUGUGAACUAUCUUUACUCUGCAGACAUCGAUAUUACAGAUGACAAUGUGCAAGAUGUCUUCGCAGUCGCCAAUAAGUUUCAGAUCCCAUCGGUGUUCACAGUUUGUGUCAAUUACCUACAAAACAAGCUUUCAUUAGGAAACUGCUUGGCAAUCUUCAGGAUGGGGCUGGUUUUGAAUUGUCCGAGAUUGGCUGUGUCAGCUAGGGACUUCAUAGCAGAGCGUUUUGAGACUAUAUCCAAAGACGACGACUUUCUUGAGUUUAACGCUCCUGAGUUUUUCGCCAUCAUUGGGUGUGACGCUCUCAAUGUCGAAAAAGAAGAGGUUGUGUUUGAGCUCUUAAUGAAGUGGGUGCGGAAAAACAAAGAAAACCGGGCGAAGGCUUUGGGCGAUGCUUUCGAACACAUCCGCUUUCGUCUUCUGCCGGAAAAAUACUUGAAGGAGAAAGUGGAAAAGGAUGACAUCAUCAAGGCCGACCCCGAGCUCGUCAAGAAGCUGAAGGUCAUCAAGGAGGCUUUUGCCGGAAAACUUCCGCAAAUAAAGGAUGGAGAGAAAGGAGGAGAGGGGGAAAAUGAGUUGCCUGGUUUUCUGAAUGACAACCAACGGCUAGGGAUGUUCAACAGGGAUCUCAUCCUGAUGAUAAACGACACGGCAGCUGUGGCCUACGACGCGAACGAGAACGAAUGCUUUCUAGCAGCGAUGACCGAGCAGAUUCCUCGAAACCACGUCAGCAUCACGUCAAAGAAGAACCAGUUGUAUGUUGCAGGAGGACUGUUUGUUGAUGAAGAAAACAAGGAGUCGCCACUGCAGUGCUAUUUCUAUCAGAUGGAUUCUCAUUCUCCAAACUGGAUUGCUCUGCCUCCAAUGCCAUCGCCCAGAUGUCUGUUUGCCAUGGGGGAGUUUGAAAACCUCUUGUUUGUUGUCGCUGGAAAAGACCUGCAGUCCAACGAGUCUCUGGAUUCAGUGCUGUGUUAUGAUGUCGAUAAGAUGAAGUGGCUGGAGACCAAAAAGCUUCCCUUAAGAAUUCACGGUCACAGUGUGAUCUCACAAAAUGGACUUGUUUAUUGCAUAGGAGGAAAGACAGAUGAAAAUAAAACCAUCAACAAGAUGUUCGCAUACAACCACAAGAAGUCUGAAUGGAAAGAGCUGGCAGCCAUGAAGACUCCCAGAUCCAUGUUUGGAGCGACUGUUCAUAAAGGAAAGAUCGUUGUGGUUGGAGGAGUCAAUGAAGAUGGCCUUUUAGCCUCUUGUGAAGCGUAUGACUUCGGCACAAACAAAUGGGAGGUUUUCGCAGAGUUUGCGCAGGAGAGAAGCUCUGUGAAUUUGCUCAGUGUUGACGGUGUGCUUUAUGCGGUCGCUGGAUUCACUAUGAAGGAAAACGAGGACAAAGAGUGUGUGCCAUCAGAAAUCACAGACAUCUGGCAAUAUGAGGAGGACAAGAAGCAGUGGUCUGGAAUGAUCGGAGAGAUGAGAUACGCUUCAGGCGCAUCCUGCGUUUCUAUGAGACUAAAUGUAGCAAAGAUGCCCAAACUCUAAAUUAUAUAGUACUUACAAUCAGAUGUUGGACACAAGCUACAAGAAUAAUGUUUUUAAAUGAACAAAGUCAGAAUUAUUAGCCCUCCUGAAUUAUUAUGAUUUUCUCUCAUUUCUGUUUAAUGGAAAGAAGAUUAUUCAGCGCAUAUUUCUAAACAUAAUAGUUUUAAUAGCUCAUUUCUAAUAACUGAUUUAUUUUAUCUUUGCCAUGAUGACAGUACAUAAUAUUUGAGUAGAUAUUUUCAAAAUACUUCUAUACCAGUGUUUCCCAACCCUGUUCCUGGAGGCACACCAACAGUACAUAUUUUGGAUGUCUCCCUUUUCUGACCCAUUAACUUCAGGUUUUGGAGUCUCUUCUGAUGUUAUGAUAAGUUGAUUCAGGUGUGUUUGAUUAGGGAGAGGUUAGGGAAGAGGUUUGAUUAGAGAGAUUAGGGAAAUGUGUACUGUUGGUGUGCCUUCAGGAACAGGGUUGGGAAACACUGUUCUAUACAGCUUAAAGUGACAUUUAAAGGCUUAACUAGGUUAAAUAGGCAAUUCAUAGUAUAACGAUGGUUUGUUCUGUUGACAAGGGGGCUUAAGGGGGCUAAUAAUAUUGACCUUAAAAUUUUUGUUAAACAAUUAAAAGCUGCUUUUAUUCUAGCCCAAAUAAAACAAAUAAGACUUUCUCCGGAAGAAAAAAUAUUAUAGGAAAUACUGCGAAAAAUUCCUUGCUCUGUUAAACAUAAUUUGGAAAAUAUUUAAAAAAUUAAAAAUAAAUUAAAAAUAAAUGAAUAAAUCACAAGAGGGCUCCUAAUUUUGACGUUAUACAUGGUAAACAUGAAAUCAAACUGAACAUAUUUGAUAUUAUAUGCACAUUCCCUGUCUUGUUAAGGACGUUAUUAAAAAGGUUUUGACAGCUUCAAUUAAAAUGUAAUGUAACUUUC